AGAAUCGCAGAAUCGGAGAGAGAUAUGCCAAGAUGAAGUUAUUUGUUUUCAGUUUCGUCUGUGCAUUUCUGCAAGUCAGUCAUCAAAAUCCAACCAGCCAGUGGAUUAUGACGCCCCACGUUUUGGUUUUGGUUAUGGAUGGCACUUUGAGCCAGCAGUCCCUUAGCUGCCUAGAGCGGCCAGAGGAGCUUCUGAUGAGAGUCAACAAUGAAGAGGAUAUUUCUUGGAGGAAGAACGGAGAGGAGGAAGCACAGGAGGAAGCACAGAAAGGAAACACAUACCUGCUAGAUCUGAAGGAAAGCUUUGGAGGGGGAAACUACACCUGCCACAGUAAGGAUGGGGCACUCCUCAAUUACACCGAGGUCCUGAUCCAAGAUGAUGAAAGUGACACGAGGAGAAUUCUUUUGCAAACCAACCCAGGAAAUUAUUUAGAUUGCUCUGCUAAAAAUUACAACGGAGAGUUCAAAUGCUCUUGGACCUGGCACAAGAAACGCGUUGGCAAAGUAGCAUUUAUCAAAGCUCGACGUGUUUCUCAAGACGAUGAAACUGAGUGUUCUGUGGAUGAAAGCGGUCGGCGUUGGACAUGCUCUUCAGGUCAGGGUAACUUCAGCUGUUCGGUGAACGACAGCAGACCCUGGAUAUCGUGCUUGGACCAGCAGCACUGCCCCUACGCCGAGGAGAGACAGCCGAUCCACAUCACCGUCUACGUGAGGACGGAGCACUUCCUGGUGGAGAACUACUCCAAAUACUUUUACCUGUCAGAGAUAGUGAAACCUGACAUGGUGACGAUCAUCAGUGAAGUCAACAGCCCGAUGAUAGAGUGGAGUUACCCGAGCUCCUGGAGCAGUCCCUACUCCUACUUCCCUCUCACUUUCCAAGUUUUACAGCUUAAGGGGCGAUGCAAAAGGGUUGACAACCCGUGCACUGUCUCAACAGGCACCAAGAUCUCGACUGUCCACUCUACUUGUCAGUUCAAAGCCAAGCGCAGAGCUAAGUGCGUCUGUAUCCGGGCUAAGGAUGUUCUUGUUAACUCACAGUGGAGCGACUGGAGACAUAGCAGAUUGACACACAAGAGGAAAAAACAUCAGCAGAAACAAAUAACAAAUCUUACAGAAGAAAGAUAA